UUUCUUUCAGUUUAAUCCACACAAAAAUGAGUAACAAGGGGAAAAAUGUGAAAGUGUGGGUUCGUAUUAGACCCACACCAGAGUUUGCACAUGACAUUAUAGAUCUACAACCAGAUUCAAAGACAAUUAAUAUCCACUGCAAACGAGAUGAGAAGCAAGGAGUUGUUAAUAACCAGAUAUUGGAUUGGUCCUUUGGAAUGGAUGGCAUCUUGCAUAAUGCAAGCCAAGAACAAGUCUAUCAGACAGUUGGGCAGAAUAUGGUGACACAAGCUCUUGAAGGGUUUAAUGGUACAUUGAUGUGUUAUGGCCAAACAGGAGCUGGAAAAACUUUUACUGUCACUGGAGCAACAGAAAAUUACCGCCACCGUGGACUUAUUCCAAGAGCCAUUUCACAGUUAUACAGAGAAAUUGAGGACAGACCAGAGUACGCCAUCAAUGUUAGGAUAUCUUAUUUAGAAAUUUACAAUGAAACAAUGUUUGAUCUGUUGUCAUCUCUUCCGGAGACAAUGAAUGCCUCUCAAGGACAACAAAUGACUAUUGCUGAGGAAGGCAGUGUAGUGUAUGUCAAAGGACUGACCACACAUUUAGCCCAAAGUGAAGAGGAAGCUUUGAAUUUGUUGUUUGAGGGUGAGACUAAUCGUGCAAUUGCAACUCAUUCCUUGAAUAAACAGUCCUCAAGAUCUCACUGUAUUUUUACCGUCCACAUAGAGUCCAGGUCCCGUGUACAGUCCACAGCUAAAUAUACAACAUCCAAAUUAAAUUUUGUUGAUCUGGCAGGAUCAGAAAGACUAGGGAAAACAAAGUCUGGUGGAAAAACACAACAGGAAGCCAUGUAUAUCAACAAGUCUCUGUCCUUCCUGGAGCAAACAGUCAUUGCUUUGGCAGACAGAAAGCGUGAUCACGUGCCCUUCAGACAGACCAAGCUCACACACUGUCUCAAGGACUCCAUUGGAGGCACCUGCAGCACUGUGCUCAUUGCUAAUGUCUGGGGAGAAGCGGCACAAAUUGAGGAGACUAUCUCCACUCUGCGAUUUGCCACCAGAAUGAUGUGUGUAGCCAAUGAACCUGCCAUCAAUGAACAUUAUGAUCCAGCAAUCAUGGUUAAGAAACUGGAAAAGGAAAUACUGCACCUAAGAAAUGAGUUAGCCAUGCAUGAUACACUGACCAAUCGCAGCAUGGUAACAUAUGAGCCUUUGUCAGAGCAGCAGAAGUAUGAGAUCAAACAGCAAGUCCGGAGAUACCUGGAAGGGUCCUUGGAUGAAAUAGAUAUUGUGAAUGUGAGGCAAAUCCAAGGUGUGUUUGAUUCUUUUAAGGAACUCUAUGGCCAAAUGGAAAAAGAAAUAGAGGAGAAGCUAAGAGUCAAGUACACCUUAGUUGACAAAACAGACCCAGCUUCUAUUGCUGCAGCACAAAAGGCUGGAGUAGCUAUCACAGAUGAUGGCACAUUGGUUGGUGAGGCAGAUGGGCAGAGCUUUGGAGUGGGUGUGGCACCCAAGAGUGCUAAAGCAGAACAAUCGGCAACAGUCAGUGCAAUAAAGAAGGCUUCGCUGAAAAGGAAAUCAAGGGAAAGAGCAAGUCCCACUGCCAAAGGCCCACUCAGUCCCUCCCACAGUGCUAAAGCCCAGGAUAUCAUCUCCCCUCAAACCCCCUCUGGUGAGAAGAAGGAUGAGCGAGAGGCUGGAGAACCUACCACUCCCAGUAGCACUGCUCCCCCAGCCCCUGCUCCAGUACAGCAAGAAAGACCAAGCACCCCUCCACCCAGGACUGUGGCAUUUGAAGAGUUCAAAGCUGAGAGGGGGAGCGAGAUCAACAGAAUUCUGUCAGAAAAUAAAGAGAUCCUUGCUGUGAAGAAAAAGGCAUAUGCAGAUUUGGCAAGACAGAUCAAUUCUACAAAAGUGGAAAUUGAUAAGUCUAGGGAUAAACUGGAUGCACUGAAAAGAGAAAGAGAAUCACAAGGAUUUACCUAUAAUGAAGAUGGGGAGACUAUAAUUAGUGAGGAGGAGUUUCUUGAGAUCAAACAGCUGAAAGAAUUUAAGCAAAAUUAUAGGACAGACCAUGAAGAGCUCAAAAACCUCAAAUCAGAAGUACAGUACUGCCAGAAACUGGUGGAUCAGUGUAGGCAGAGGUUAAUUCAAGAAUUUGAUGAUUGGUAUGCAGAAAGCUUCUUACUGCCAGCAGAUGAGCUCCAGACCAGCAUGGCUAUGGGGCUGGGACUAAGACCAGGAGCACUUCCACCAUACCCCUUGCAAGUGCCUGAAGACGAACAAGAAAAAUUUGACCGUUUACAAGGAGAACUGCUCAUGGAGAAUCCAGAUUCUGCUGCAUUCUACAAUGCAAAGAUGAGAACUGAAAGAAGAAAAACUUAUGAAGCAGCCAUGUCUCAGCCACAACCUUCUAUGCGCCGCAAACCAGGCACCCCAACCAUGGAAGUUAGAACAAAGCCACCUACUAUGCUGGAAGUUCAAUGAAGAGAACACAAUUGCAGCAAUGCCAUGCAAAGGAAAAGACAAUUUUACAAGCUGGAUUUUAAAUAGAUAAUGAACGUUUGCUGUCAAGAAUGAUCAAAAUAUACAGAAACUUUGUUUCGGAUCAAGUCUAUGUAGAUGUUAAAUGCAUAGUGUCAUUGGUUCAGGAAUGCAAUUCCUUUAUUUUGUAAUAUGACAUUUUUCGAAAAGGUUUCUGUGUUUUAAUUAUAGAUAUUUUCAUCCAUCAUGUAUAUACAAAUUGUAAAUAUUGUCCAAAGCUAUAUUCUAUAAUAAAUCACAAUAGGUUAAAUAUAAUUUCAGGAUUUUC